ACUCUCUGUUCAGACAAACACACACACAUUCAAACAAAGAGGAGGACAGAACUAUUUUGAAAUCCGAAACAGAAUGUUCCCUUGUUUUGAAAACCCGCCAACUCUGAUUCAUUCCUGACUGGAGGCAGAUGUGUGUUGAGUCGUAUCCCUGCCUGUUCAUUACUGCCAUCUGUUGCUUAAAGGAGAGGCUUUCCAACCGUGCGCCAGCGCAUUCUUAAUGUCACCGCACAGGGCUGCCUGGGGUGAUGGGGCGAUGGGGGCUGAUCUGUGCUGUCGUUAACAGAGACCCCUCCUGGUUUAACGAGACAUGGCUGGGCAGAAUCAAGGAGGACAGCGACUCCAACUGGCGCCUCAAGGUCAACAACUUGAAGAAGAUCCUCCAGAGCAUGUUGGAGUACUAUCACGACGUGCUGGGCCACCAGGUGUCGGAGCAGCACCUGCCGGACGUGGCCCUGAUCGGGGAGCACGGCGACAUCACGGAGCUGGGCCGCCUGGUGCAGCUGGUUCUGGGCUGCGCCGUCAGCUGUGAGAAGAAGCAAGAGCAGAUCCAGCAGAUCAUGACCCUGGAGGAAUCCGUCCAGCACGUUGUCAUGACAGCCAUUCAGGAGCUUCUCGCCAAAGACCCUCCGUCAGACCCAGCGAGUCCAGAGACCUACGGGGACUUUGACCACCAGUCCAGGAAGUACUACUUCCUGAGCGAGGAGGCUGACGAGAAAGAGGACCUGGGCCAGCGCUGCCGGACCCUGGAGCUACAGUUGUCCACUGUGAUGGAGGAGCGCUCGUCCCUGCAGGCUGAAGCUCGCUCUCUCAGGGAGCGACUGAACGGGGGUCAUGACCCCACCGCCAUCACCGGCAAGAAACUGCUGCUGCUGCAGAGCCAGAUGGAGCAGAUGCAGGAGGAGAACUACAGACUGGAGAACAGCCGGGACGACAUGCGUGUGCGAGCCGACAUGCUCCAGCGGGAAGUGCUGGACCUCCAGGGCCGCAACGAGGACCUCACCUCCCUGGCCGAGGAGGCCCAGACGCUGAAGGACGAGAUGGACAUCCUCCGGCACUCGUCGGACCGUGCGGGCCGCCUGGAGGCCCUGGUGGAGACCUACAAGAGGAGGCUGGAGGACCUGGGGGACCUGCGGCGGCAGGUGCGCCUCCUGGAGGAGCGCAACACAGUGUACAUGCAGCGCACCUGUGAGCUGGAGGAGGAGCUGAGGAGGGCCAACGCCGUGCGCUCACAGCUCGACUCCUACAAGAGACAGGUCCAUGAGCUGGACUCCAGACACUCUACAGAGGCCAUGAAGGCUGAGAAGUGGCAGUUUGAGUACAAGAACCUCCAUGACAAGUACGAGGCCCUGGUCAAGGAGAAGGAGCGUCUGCUGUCGGAGCGCGACACGCUCAGAGAGACCAAUGAGGAGCUGCGCUGCGUCCAGGUGCAGCAGAAGGGGCUCAGCGAGACAGGAGGUUUGUGUGGAGACUCGGGCCCAGUGGGGAGCCUAGCAGCGGAGUUCAUGCCCACAGAGUUCAAGGAGACGGUGGGGCGCCUGCAGACGGAGAACCGGAUGCUGUGUCUCCAGGAGGAGAGCGUCCGCCAGCGGCUGACGGAGCUGGAGGCGCAGCUGGAGGAGGCGCAGCGGGCCAACAACGCCCUGGAGACGCACAACAGGCUGAACCGGCAGCAGAAGUCGGAGCUGGGCUCCCAGGUGGAGGAGCUCCAGAAGGCCCUUCAGGACAUGGGCAGCAAGACUGAGGACUCGUCUCUACUGAAGAAGAAGCUGGAGGAGCACCUGGAGAAGCUGAACGAGGCGCACUCUGACCUGCAGAAGAAGAAGGAGGUCAUCGACGACCUGGAGCCCAAAGAGGGCGGGGACAAACUGUCCAAGAAGAUCGAUGAGCUGCAGCAGAGUCUGAAGAAGAAGGAUGAGGACAUGAGGCAGAUGGAGGACCGGUACAAGCUCUACGUGGAAAAGGCCCGAACCGUGAUCAGGACCCUGGAGCCAACCCAGCAGCAGCCGCUGGCCUCCCCUGAGGUCACGGCCCUGAAGAACCAGCUGACCGAGAGGGAGAAGAGGCUCAAGCACCUGGAGAACGACUACGAGAAGAACAGGAACCGGCACGACCAGGAGGAGAAGCUGAUCAUCUCGGCCUGGUACAACAUGGGUCUGGCGCUGCACCAGAAAGUGAGCGGGGAUCGGAUUGGUUCCUCAGGCCCGGCCAUGUCCUUCCUGGCCCAGCAAAGGCAGUCCACCAACGCCAGGAGAGGGCUGACCCGGCCCCAGCCCCGAUGAGACCUCCGUCUGCUCCUCCUGCUCCCCUCUGGGGCCCUCCUGGAUCUGAACCCCUGCUGGAUGCUCAGACCCAGCGGGCAUUCAGGAGACGGGUUCUAUGUGAAUUAGACCCUAAGGGUCUAAUUCACAUAGAACCCGUCCUCUGAAUGCAUGGUGGGAUGCCUGCUCGCUCUGAACACCAGCUGGGUGCAUUAAGCAUUAAGAACACUGGUACUGGGUGACACGGGCCCAUAGGUGCUGUUGCCAUGCGUGUUGUUACCAUGACAACAGUGCUGUCUGUAGAAGGUAAUCCUUGGAGGUUUUUCUUACCAAAACUGCCUUUUUCCCCCCCCUCGGUUUGGUGGCCUUAAUGCCUUCUACUAGUGGUUACUGACCCCUCGAGGCAGCCUGGACUUACUGCUGCUGUUAUUGUGUCUCCUACUGCUGGACUGUUGUGGAAUGACACCCCAGAGAGACGCCGUAUUGUUUCAUACAGUCUCUUGGGAAGUCAGACCUGCUGCGGUACGACCGAUGGGAACUUUCGGAUCAAUCGGCGAAGAGACAAACAUGAGAGUUUUUAAUUAUUUUAUUUCAAUCAUUUCUUUUCCAAUCAUUUCUUUCCAUUUUGGUGUAAUUGUGUGCUGUUUAAUUUCCUUAUUUUAACGUGUAGAGUUCUCUUUUUAAGGAGAAGAGGCGGUGCUUGUGUGCAUCACGUAUGAAGGACAUUUCUGUCGUUGUUCUUCCACUAUGUUUUACUGGAGCUCAGAGUGGUGGUGGAGUGGAGCCAGUCCGGUCGUUGUUCCUUCACCAUGUUUUACUGGAGCUCAGGGUGGUGGAGUGGAGCCGGUCCGGUCCUGAUCCACCAAACCUUGCUCCACACUGCCCCCUUCUGGCCGGUUUUGAUUUUAGACUACUUUACUUUAGAUUUUCUUUCUGGUUCCACUUUAAUAGACAGGGUUUUGACGGACGUGGAAGAGUCCCGUUGCUGUGUGGAGGCUUUAAUCUUUAUUAUAUAAUGUGAACAAUGGGUAGGAUUAACAAUACAUUAAUCAAAGCACUUUUACCCCCCCUGCCACGCGCCCUGUGCCUGUAGAAUACACUACUAGCUUCUCUGACUUCUCUGUCAGCGGGAGUUCCUUUAAGCUACAGCCCUCCUGCCCUGGUCGUCUUCCACGGCGGUGAGUCACAACUGAUGGCCUCAACGGGCCACCGUACAGCAAUACUUUAAUUAUUUGGCACUUUACAGACGAUGCCUCUUGGUACUUUAUGAGGACAUAACCGUGACAUUUCUAUGAGUUUGAAUGAGCUCGACAGGGGAGACGGAAUUAGUGGGAUGAGGUCAUUUUGGAACUAAUGAAGGACCUAUUUAUCAUAUGCUGGAUGGGGCAGAAAGCUGCUGUCACCAUGAAUCACAGAAUGUCAGAAACAUUCACUUGUAUGCUGGAUUUUGGUCCCUAUGCUUUUGUUCAGUUUGUUUAUUUCUGUGAUCCUCAAACCUGUAGACUAGACUAAGCAGAUGUACUCUUUUUUUUCGGGACAAAACAAUCCACUGCUUUGGUAUGAUUUAGACCUGAAAUAGCAUAGCUAUCGCCUUUUUUAUUUAAUUUUUUUACAAACACUACAUCUAGCAAACCUAAGCAGGCUAGCACUAGCAUGACACGGUUUCAGAAACGGUUGCGUGCUAGCGUUAGCCUGGCUCAUGCUAGCUUUUGUGCUGCUAGCAUACGUCUUGUUCUUGUAUCAGUCGACCGUAACUGUUGCGUGCUAGCCUUAGCCUAGCGCUAGAGUGUAGGAUUACCAUCUGUCAACUGGAACCUUGUUUGCAGGCUUUAGCCUAGCUUGUGUGCUGCUAGUGUUAGCCUCGAGUGUGAGUUAAAGCUGAUGUAAUUUUGUACCGAACCCCCCCCAAAAAGCAUCGGUGUUGUGAUCCCAGCUAGCGGCUAGCAGACCUUGACUAGCGGUCUUUGAGCUAGUGGCUAGCUGCUAGCAGCCCUUGGCUAGUCCUAUGUGUACCUCCUUGUCAUACUUUUGGUCUAAUACUGGAUAUUUAUGUGGUGUUUUUUCUCAGUCUAUCUGCAUGGUUUGAAAUGGUUGUCUUGGUUUGUUUUAAUUAUUUUAUCUUCA